AUGGCCAGCAGACCAGCCCUGUCCACUGCUGGAAGUCGUGAAAUUUACGCGGGAAGCGAAUUCAGAGAUUCCCUCUCACUCUUGGAUAUUCUUUAUGCAAAUCAUUUUGAAGGAGAGUCUUUCCAUCGAAAAUAUCUUGAGCAGACAGAGGAAAACUUUUACCGAGGAGCCCCACCUGAAUGGUUAAACUUUCACAUAAGUGAACAGGCAGAGUCAGAUGGCACUGGAAGCCCUUUUAUUAAACGAGAUGGAUACGAUACACUUGUGCAACAAAUUCGCCAAAGAAGAAAACUCUCUGGAACAUCAACUGUUAAACUGUUCCACCAGCCAGGAUGUGGGGGAACCACAUUGGCCAUGCAGGUGUUGUGGGACUUGCGGAAAACCUUCAGGUGUGCUGCUUUAACAGGCUCAACCUCAAACAUCUCAGAUGUUGCAGAGGAGGUGGUCCACCUUUUCACAGCUGGCAGUCGAGGCCACCAGAAUACUGUGCUGCUGUUACUGAAUGAUGAGUUAAUUUUGGAUGAUCUGCAGAACAUCAUUACAAUGAAGAUUGCUGAACAGGAGAUAGUCACCCAUAUGCCUGUUGUGAUUUUCCUCAGCUGUAUUAGAAAGGAUGCAGUUCUACAGAGUGACCAUGUUUUCCUCCAGGAAGUGCUUUCUGAGUCAGAGAAGAAAAGGUUUAAUGAGAAAAAGGAGGAGCUGCAAACUAAUUUCUCCCAGGCUUACAUCCAGGAGGCCUUGCCUGGACUUGUGGAAUGUGAAGACUCCAUCCAUGGAGACCUUUCAUUGGAGGACAGAAUGAAGCCCUUUAGUGAUCUCAUCAUCACCUUCCAACGAGAUACCAGAUCUGAAAAAAGAGUCUGCAUGGCUCACCCUAUGAUAGCAAAGUGUUGCACUGAGAUGAUGGCUGAGGCAGGUGUGACCAGAAGUGACACAACAAGAAACCUCCUGACCUGUUUGUGCAGCGAUGAGGUUCCUCCAUCUUUGCUUGGUUUUGUCAAAGACAUGUUAACCAAAAGAAGACCAAAAGAAAUGAAACAUGAAGAGGACCCAACCAAAAGUACAGAGAGUGAAGAGUGCAAAGAAAAGUUUUCUAAACUAAUUCUUGACAUUCAAAAGAUGGAGGACAAGGCUCAGUGUGCAUCAGUUUUAAAGGUGGCAACAAAACAAUUUGAUCAAAAUCCAUUUUAUCCUCAGGCACUUGCUUGUUUCUAUUAUAUAGAAAUAAAAGACUACAAAAAGGCAGAAAUGUGGGCAAAGAGAGCAAAGGAAAGAGAUCCCCAAAAUUCAUUUGUUGCUGAUACACUGGGACAACGUCCUGUCAAACCAGGAGAAAUUCUGCAACUGGCCACAAAAGCCAUUGAAGCUUUCAAAGAUGAAGAAGAACUUGCUGAAAAUGAACACGGUAAAGACAUGAAAGAAGAUGGCAACACUAAAGUCUCACAUACUUUUAACACCAGAGGGCAGUUUGGUUACCUGCAGGUUUGCAACCUUGUGUUUGACCUACUUGUUCGUCAAAACCAAACCUGGAGAGGAGUUCUCACAAAGAAGGUGUCCAUGGGCUCUGUCCUGGGAUUACUUGGAGACAACAAACUCUACAGAUUUAACGACCUCAUUAACAGUCUCAGAGACGAGGUUGAGAGAAAAUGUGCCUUUUUUGACAAAUUUCUGACCUACUCAAAGCCUGACAUGAAGAAAGACGAUGCCCUGUACAUUUCUAGAGACACCUCAGACUGCUACAGGAAGUAUGUCGGAGAAUCUCCACCAAAACAUUUAAAACAAAAAGGUGCUGAUCUCAUCCAGAAGCUUAAACAAAACCAGGCAGACACCUCUGCUGGCGUACUCUCAUGUCUUGACAGAGAAUACACUGAAUCAGAGAUUAAAGAAGUCACUACAUGGUGGGAAGAAAUUGUUCUAUACAAAGAUUCGGUAACAGCUCUGGUCAACUACAUCUUUUCUCAUAUCAUGCUAAUAAAUGUGGGAGCAAUAUUUCCCUCUAAUUGCAAGUUUUUAACUGCAUUCAGACAGAAAAUGCCACUGACCUCCAAAGACGCACCUGAACUCCACAUGUUAGCCCUCCUCUUGUACUGGCCAACAGACAUUGAAGAGAAAUGUGUCUUUGACCUUAGUCAGUUAAUUCAGUGUAUGCGCUGCUCGUAUGACCAUGCAUAUAAGACACACUUUCGGUCAAGGUACCUCCGCCCUCUGUUUUCCAUUGGAAAAGGUCAAGAUCUGAACAGAAUUGUUCACAGAAAGGUCCUUGAGGGACUGGUUCUAAAGCAGAAUAAGGAAACAAUGCAAGACUGGGGCAACAACUGGAACAAUGAGAAGAUUUUUAAAGAUCCCGAGGUCCAAAAACGCCUUCUCAAAGUUGAUGGGGAGGUACGAAACUACAGAGUCUAUGCAACUGUUGGUGGCACAGCGAUUAAGGUGGAUGCAAACCUGCAAAACAGCCUCUGGAAACCACGCCAAGUUUCCUUUUAUCUUGGAUUUACCAUCAGAGGUCCUGUAGCCUUUGACAUCCAGACACAAACUGAAGAAAAGGGUGAGAAGGGUAACAUACUAUAA